AUGGGUAGUACUAAGGACCCCGUCCCGCCGCCCUACCGUCCACGAGAGCUCAAAAUGCACGACUGUCUCAUUGAAGUCACUCGUCUCGAAGGCAGCCAGUCAGCUGUAUUCUGGCUUGGAGGCUACCUCAACGCUGAAACCCACAUCAAUCAAGAUGGCACUUUCGAUCCAUCCAUGCUGAGCUUCGACGACUUCGAACAAGAUCUGUUCGAUCACCUCAGUUAUGAUGCCCGCGAAAAUGAUAUCCGAUGGGAUCAUAAAACCCAUGCUCAGGCUCGUACAAAAUCCAAUGAGAUUCCCGCUUUUAUGGUCAGGAGCUACAAUACCUGGGUGGCUGCUCUUAUAGCCAUGCAACAUGCUUCCUCAGAUCAGGCCAACUUGGGCUCGCAAGCUACCAGUGCUAGCUCUCCCAUCAUGACUGCCCACUUCACCAUUGUAUAG